GAUUCAGGUCAAAUGUCUGAAGCAGUACAGGACUGUGAACAGUUAGGGAAUUAUAAUACACUGGUAUUCUAUAACAGGGGUCCCCAACCACCGGGACGGGGCCCAGUACCGGUCCGUGGGCGGGGUCGAACUGGGCUGAGGAAACCUUUCAGGCACAAUGAUUAAAAAAAUACACAGAAAAAUACUUUUGUAAAUAACUAAAUACAAUUUUAAGUAAAUGCAUAUAAAUUUGGGAAAUAUGGACCAUUAUUUUAUUCAAAAAACAAUAUAGUUUGAAGUUUUUGCAUGUUUUUGUUUGUCGCGAGUGUCCCGCUUUGUCUGACAGUCCUUGAACGUACCAUUGUACGUGCGCUAGCCUUCUCCCACUCUGCACAGAUUGUCACCGGUACUGUAUUUUUAUCGGGGUUUUUUCACUUCAUGUUUGCUUCCAAAUGCUGAUACUCCGUGGGAAUGCAUAAAGCCAGGGCUCCACCUCGCUUUCCCUUCGCCGCCCGUCCGUCCUCUUCGUCGUCACACGCUGAGCAGCCAGAAGAAAAAGAAAAUGGCCACAAACAGGAAGAGGGAAUCUUGCCAGUUGUAAUUCCCGUUGUUGAAGUUGCCGUCACCUUGGGGAUCACCUGCGUACUGGUCUGUCAAAACAGGGAGUCUCAAACUCACGGUCCACACCCCCUGGGGAGAUGCUUAACUGGGCACUGACCGUGUAAGUACUUCACUCUAUCAUUUUUUUUUUUUUUUAAAUAUUAAUAAAUCAUGAUGUGUGGUUGAAUACAGCCUAUUACUAGUAAAAAAAAAUGCAUAUUUAAGCAAAUUUGACUUCUUUUUUGCCUAAAUUAAGAUUUUUCAAGCAUAAAAAUGGCUAAACGAAGUAAAAUACAAAUAUAAGGCAUUCAGAAGACGCAUCCAACGACGCUGUGAUAUGUAGUAUUCUACACUGGUCACUGGGUGUCAGUAAUGUGACUUGUUAUGUUCGGUGAGACGCACAAGCACCAGACUUGAUUGCCGGAACAGGUUGCAAGUUUGAAUGUUCUCACAACAGGCACAAUAAUCCCUAACACGGGCUACUCUUGCAGCCGUAACCCACGGCAAGGGACGUGCAGCAGCUUUAUGUAAAUAGUCUCUGAAAGUACACGUUUGGAGUGAAUGCAGUAGCAGUUGCUCUGUAUGUUUGUAUCUACAGUACCUGUGUUAAGUUCCUGUGUGACGGUCAGAGCGUCAUUUCUUUUAUGACACCAUGAGUCAGGCUGUUAUGUUGAGUAAUGACCGCCUGCCGUUUCCGAUGUACUGACAAGCUCAUUGCAAGUUCAGCCGUGGCUACUGCUUGCCCAAAAACAGAACAACUUCCUUUAAGCAAGCUGAAGUGCCUAAAGAGAGUCACAAUGUUAUAUUUUACUAUUAUAGAUGAAGUCUAAUACUGAUUUUUUUCCCCAAUCAUUUAUGGACAACCAUCAGGCUCUUGACAGCUUCUGGUGAUGUUUAUUGAAACGUAAUUCCAGAGCUACAUAAAAGGUGACAGUUUUGAGACUAGCAGACUAUUUUAUUGCUGGAAGCGUACCUGCGCGGUGAAAGGGGUCGUUGGUGUUGAAGACGGUUGUGAAAAAGCUGAAGGGGAAAGCGCCGAUGCCGAACGACAUGUGAAACCCAGUGUCGCUGAAGCCCUGGAACAUCUGGAAGCAGGGAUGAUGGUUAGAGUUGGGAGUGAGAACGUGAGAAACAUCAUCAUCAAAAUCCGCAUCAGCAGUUAAUGUGUCACUGGGAAGAAGUCAGCCAUGAAGGAACCUUUUCAGAUUCUCAUUGACGGAACUUUCUGUCAGGCUGCAUUGAAGAACAAGAUUCAGAUUAAGGAGCAAAUGCCCAAGUAUCUCAUGGGGGAAGUGCAGCUCUGCACCACGAACUGCGCUCUAAAAGAACUGGAAACACUCGGGAAAGAACUUUACGGCGCUAAAAUUAUUCUGCAGCGGUAUCAAGUGAGGAAAUGUCCACAUUUCAAAAACCCUGUUCCUGCUUCUGAGUGUCUGCUGUCCAUGCUGGAGGACACAAACCCACAUCACUACUUUAUUGCCACACAGGACCACGCACUAACAACCGGUCUUAAGAAGAUCCCUGGCGUGCCUCUGCUCUACAUCAUCCUCAACACCAUGGUGCUCGACAAACCCAGCCAGCCGUCGCUCGACCACGUCCAGGCCGUCCAGCUGGGGGAACUCGUGAGCCCAAGCCAGCAGCAGAGCCUCCGCAGCAUGAAGGAGGAGCAGGGCAUCGUCGCGCAGAAGGACGGGGCAAGACGGGGGACGAAGAGGAAGAGGAAACAGCACAACCCGAACCCUUUGAGCUGCCUGAAGAAGAAGAAGAAAAAAGGCACGCCGACACCGCCGCUUCAAAAAAGCGAACCGGGUCAGAAGAGAAGUCGGAGCCGACACAAGAAGCGAGGGACUGAAGGAGUUGGAGAUGCGCUCGCAGGACCUUCAGCUGGCCCAAACCCUCCUGGGACUCAACACAGAGAUCCAAAGACUAAGAAGGGAGAGUUAUGGAGGCGUGGAGGAAUUAGGAGAUUAUCAGCAGUAACGGGUGCGGGGUGAACACCGGAGGAGCAGGUGGAAAUGGCUUCUUCUGAUGAAAUCGAAUGGUAAUAAAAAUGGAAUAACCUGACACCGGUCACCUAUGAAGUCAGCAGGGUGUGCGUGUUCGUAUGAUGUUUUGCACUUUCACCCCAAAAAUAAAUAUUGGGCACGAAUGAACUGUAUGACCAAAAAAAAGAAAGUAUAUCUUUAUAGUACUUGUAAAAAAAAAAAAAACCCUACAAAAUUUGGCAACACAUGCACGUGUCAUACUUCAUUUAUUAUGUAUUGACCUAUCCUAACAGGGCCGCCCUGGCCAAAUAUAUGAAAACAUAAUCAUGUAAAGCAGUACAUAAUAAAACAAAUAAUAGGGGCUGGAAUUGAACUGGCGCCCCCUGCCUUAAUUGAUGAUUACUCAUUAGUAUUAGAUAUUACACAAAGCUAAGAUAAGUAUAUAUACACUGCGCAAUUAUUAGGCAAGGCAGUAUUUUGACCAUAUUGAUUGAUUGAUUUGAACAUUAACAUUCGUAUUCCUCUCAUAUCACAAUUCCAAAUGUCCAAAAGGAGCAGGAAAAAGCAGAUCUUGUUCAAUCCUACUCUCUCUUUGUUUCACAUCCAAUAGCUAAUACCUUUCACAUCAUUGACAUACUGUCAUUUGUAUGCAUGUUUUCCAACCCCAAGAUGAAUAAACUUGAAUGCCUAUUGGCUGGAAGCGUACCAGGUGAUGUGCAUGUGUGUACUGAGGGAGGGUGUGGCCUUAGGAGAUCGACACCCUUUAUUACGUAUGCACAGUAGGCAGCAAAACAGGUCAGAAAAGACAUCUAACAGACUAAAGAGGCAAGAACUGUAAAAAGGUGGAGGUGGGGUGAUUAAAAGAUGAGCUUGUUGGGCCUUUUCAGGUUGAAGAUGGACUCAAACUCAACUCCCAAACCUGCUGUCACUUUCUUCAGACUGUAGUACAGGAAAAAGUGCGUCUUUUGAGAUUUGUAUGCAGGACAAUGCCCCAUCUCAUGCAUCCAAAUACUCCGUGGCUACCUAUUAAAGGUCUUGAAAAAUAACGACACCCGACCUAAACCCUAUUGAGUACUUGAGGGCCCUUAAGUAUAAGAUUUACAGACGGUCAGAUGAUGAAAAAUGUGAAAAUAAAGUAGUGAGAUGGGACUAUUUUUGUUUUUUGGGGGGUUGCCUAAUAAUUGCACACACAGAGAAAAGCCAAAACCUCACUUUCACUUCCUUAAAUAUUCACAUUUGAUGUUUAUUAACAUUUUGGAUUGACCACAAGCACUGUUAUUGUUAAAUAAUAAAACUAGUAAUAAGACCAGUUGCCUAAUAAUUGUGGACGCGGUGUAAUUUAGCAUCUUUAAUCAUCUUUUUGCCCUUUGUGGAAAAAGUGUGGUGGACACCCCUGAUCUGAAUU